CAGCCCCGGCACGGCGCCCGCCGCCCCGGGGGAGCCGCCGCUGCCGCUGCCGCCGCUGCUGCUGCGGGCGGUGAUGCGGAGGGGGCGGCCGUGAUUGCGGGGUGAGCGGGGACCCCCCUUCCCCUUCCCUUCCCUCUCCUCUCCUCUCCUCUCCUCCGCGGGCCCGGCCCCGCCGCCGGACGGAGCGGAGCGGAGCGGAGCGGGCGGGGAGCGGGGGGAGUGGUUACGGGCUCCGGCGCGACACCCCCGGGCCCUCCCGCCCCGCUCAGCCGCCCCUCUCCAAAUAAAUCAGCACCAUGACUACUUCUGGGCAUGGAACAAAGAGGAUGCUCUCCCGGGGCCCCGCGCUGCUCCUGGCGCCGCUGCUGCUCCUGUGCCGAGUGGUGGAGAGCCGAGGAGGGAUCAUGGACAGCAUCCAGAGAUUCUCAAACCUGCCAACCUAUCUCCCUGCGAGCCCUCACAUCUCCAACGCUGAUACUUUCUUCUUCCUCAAGGAAGCCAACCAGGAUAUCAUGAGGAACUCCAGUUUGCAGUCUAGGGUGGAUUCAUUCUUUAUAUACAAAGCCAAACAGCCACCUGUCCUAAAUGCCACGUAUGGACCCUUUUCUGUUGAACAACCCGUUCCCUUGGACCUCAUGCUGACUUCUGCAUCUUUUGGUUUCACAAAUAAAUUCACUUUUAAUUGGAAAUUAAAAUCCCACAUAAUCAACAGCUCAAUCUAUUCCAACAAACCUAAAAUACAGACCUUGUUCUACAUUGCGGGGAAGGACUGGGAUGACUACGACUCUGAGGAGAUGCUGCCUUGUGUGAAGAUGUUUGCUUUCCUGGAGUCCAGAGAGGUGGUGGCCAGCUGCAGACUGACAGGCCACCUGGGAUUAUGUGUUGUGGAGCUGGAGCUGUCUCCCAGCUGGUUCAGCUCCCCUCCACCCAUGGUUCCAGAGGAAACAGCCUCCCUGGAAGGGAUUACUGUGGAGCUCUUCUAUAAGAUUUAUGCAGUGGAUGGGGAAUGUUCUCCGGAGGAUGCAAAAUGGGAAAACAAUAUCCACACAGGUGAAGAGAAUGAGCACCAAGCUUUGUCCGCUAUGGAGAGGAUUGGUAGCAUCGUUGUUUACCCAAAUCAAGACAAAUUAAAGCAAUCUUCACUGAGGGUGGAUGAAAAUAUCAUUAUUCACUUACCACUCAGCCCAGUCAGAGAGGGUGACAUUGUGACCUUCCACGUUUUCCUGGAUGAUUACUCUCUAGCAGACCAGUUUGUAUUAAGGAUCAGGACGGCCCCCGGAGUGAGGAUCUCGGACAUCAGGGUCAGUGAUGCUGACCAGUGGGGGGUGCAGGAGGAGACGGACAGCGCGCGCAGCACGGCCACGCUCACCUGCGUGCACAACGACCCCGGCGCCCAGGACAGAGCAAACACCACCUCCUACGAGAUCCUGCAGAUGGAUUUUGAGAUCGACAACGGCAGCAGCCUGGCAGGGGCCCAGCAGAUCACCUGGCAGGUGGAGUACCCGCGGGACGACUCCGUCAGCGAGCUCGUGGUGUCCGAGAUCUUCGUCAGCCGCACCAUGUUCGUGGGCAUCGUUCCCCUUGCCAUGGACACAGAAAUCCUCAACACAGCCAUCCUGACGGGCAGGAUGGUGGCUGUGCCAGUCAAGGUGGUGGCAGUGCAGGAGGACGGCUCCGUGGUUGACGUCUCGGACUCCACCGAGUGCAGAUCCGCUGACGAGGACGUCGUGAAGGUUUCUGAGAGCUGUGACUCCAUCUUCGUUAAUGGCAAGGAGAUGAAGAGCAAAGUGGACACCAUUGUGAAUUUCACCUACCAGCACUUCACCACGCAGCUGGAGGUGACGGUCUGGGUUCCGCGGCUGCCGCUGCAGAUCGAGAUCUCUGACACCGAGCUCAGCCAGAUCAAGGGCUGGAGGAUCCCUGUCACCUCCAACAAAAGGCCCACGCGGGACAGCGAGGACGAGGAGGACGACGAGAAGAAAGGCAAAGGCUGCACCCUGCAGUACCAGCACGCCUUGGUCAGGGUCCUGACCCAGUUUGUGGCCGAGUCCCCGGAGCUGGGAGGCCACCUGACCUACCUGCUGGGCUCGGAGUGGCAGUUUGACAUCACGGACCUGGUGGCUGACUUCAUGAAGGUGGAGGAGCCCAAGGUGGCCAAGCUGCAGGAGGGCCGGGUGCUGGCUGGGCGUGAGCAAGGCAUCACCACCGUGCAGGUUCUGUCCCCUCUCUCGGAUUCCAUCCUGGCAGAGAAGACAGUGAUAGUUCUGGAUGAGAGGGUGACCAUCUCUGACCUGGGCGUGCAGCUGGUGUCAGGGCUGUCUGUGUCCUUCCAGAGCAGCAAAGGAAACAAGAGAGCCAUCCUUGCCACCACCUCUGCCCACGACAUCCUGCGCACUCCCAAGCAGGAGGCUGUGGUGAGUGCUUGGGUUUUGUUCAGCGACGGGGCCGUGACGCCCUUGGACAUCUACGACUCCAAGGACUUCUCCAUGUCCAUCAGCUCCCUGGAUGAGAUGGUGGUGUCCUCACACCAGAGCCUUCAGUCCCUGUGGCCUGUCGUGGUGGCAGAAGGGGACGGGCAGGGGCCCCUGAUUAAAAUUGAGAUGGUGAUCAGCGAGCCCUGCCAGAAGACCAAGCGCAAGAGCGUCCUGGCCGUGGGGAAAGGAAACGUCAAAGUGAAGUUUGGCCAGAAGGAUUUGGACCAAAAAGGGAGCAGCAACGACAUCGAAGACCUGGAGAAAGAUUUUAAAAGCCAUGCAAGCAAUGCUAUAGAGAAAGCUGCAGAACAAGAGAGGACAGCACAAGACUGGUCCAAAAACCACGAGGACGUGUCCAGUCCUGAGGACAACGCAAACAAAAGCACAACUUUCAUCUCUCCCAUUGAUCAGGAGUCCCUGGAGGAUGGCCAGCUUCAAAACAGCCCAACUGCCUUCACAGGUUUCCCUGCCCAAGUAGAAAUACCAGGAGAAAGCAAUCCCAGUGAUCUCUCAUUGACUUCCAGAGGAUUGACAGACCUGGAGAUCGGCAUGUACGCGCUGCUCUGUGUUUUCUGCUUAGCAAUCCUGGUGUUUCUGAUUAACUGCGUGGCAUUUGCUUGGAAGUACAGGCACAAAAGGUUUGCUGUGAGUGAGCAAGGCAACAUCCCCCAUUCCCAUGACUGGGUCUGGCUUGGAAAUGAGGUGGAGCUCCUGGAAAACCCAGUGGACAUUUCGCUCCCGUCAGAGGAGUGCACUACCAUGAUUGACAGAGGGAUGCAGUUUGAAGAAAGCAACUUUCUCCUUAAUGGGAGUUCUCAGAAGACUCUUCAUAAUCAUAUCCUCAGAUCUUCUGAGUACCUUUGUGAAAAAGAAGUUAAAAGUGAACCUAUAAAUCCUUCUGGGCCAAAGCAGAAGCGAGUAAAGUUCACUUCAUAUACAACAAUCCUGCCAGAGGAUGGAGGCCCCUACACCAACUCAAUUCUAUUUGACAGUGAUGAUAAUAUUAAAUGGGUAUGCCAAGAUAUGAAUCUUGGUGACUCCAAGGAACUUAGGGACUAUAUGGAAAGACUGCAAGACAAUAUGUAAAACUACUUUCUUAUGUUUGUAAUCACCUUUAUGCCUUCUGUUUAUGGAUGGUGGAGCAGUCAGCCCAGUCAGCAAUAGGAACAAGACAGCCCAACCCUGGAGGUACUGAGAUGAUAACCUGAUGGCAGAGAGCAGGUACAGGAGGCUGGCUGAGUUAAUCCUGUUUCACCACAAACCAGGAUGUGCCCCUAAAACAGCUCCCUGUAGGUGUUGGAGGUGUCACACUCGAUGGCUGUUUCUGUGUACUGCCUGGUACUAGCAAAAUGCUAAUCCAACCACGCUCAGACUCAGAGGAGACUUCAUUUGUUUGUCAUCUCUCACGAGAAAUGGUCAAUCAGAAAAGAAAGGGAUGUUUGUUUGCAUUGAUUUUUUCUAGUCGUCGUCCUUUGUAAAGCACAGUGGACAUUUCUUGCUCACAGCCUGAGAGGAGGCUCACGGAAAAGGGAUUGGAAUGAAUCUCAUUUUAUUGCCUAUGUGCAAUGCAGCCAAGUAGUCUUAUUAUUUUUUACAGAUAUAAAAAACCCCAUGUGGUUAAUUUCUUCUUAUAUUGUUUGUGAAUUUUAUUUGACAUAGGGAACAUUAAAUAUUUUCUUUGAAGGGGUUUGGGUUUUUUUUGGUUGGUACCAAAGUGUAGUACAGUAAUAUUUAUAAUAAUUUGAGGUUUUUUAUUCAUCUGCUUCAGCCCCCAGAGAUACCUCCUUCAUCACUGAUUAUCUUCCUCCUUUCCAUAUGGGUCGUUGGUAUUUGAAACAUAGAAAGGAAUUAGAACUCUUACUGGGAAAGGGUUGUGUCUUCUUACAGGGAACUGUAAAUAUAAUAAUAAACCCUGGAAAAUAAAAAUCAAGGAGUA